AUGCGGGAUCUUUCCUUUUUGAGGCCUCCGAGCAUCUUUGUGAUGACAUUCGCCAUGGUCCGACUGAAAGUCGUCAGAAUCUGGGUUGGCGCUCUGCCUAAUGUGUCGAGAUUUGCCGAGUUCCUUGCUUGUUCCAGUUGGCUUCAUGUUCUUUUUGAAAUCGAGCUUUUCUGGAUGAGUGUACUUUUAUCUUUGGCCACGAUUUGUUUGACACGAAAUUUUUCCAUUUUUUGUUACUCAUUUUUUUCGUUCUCAUUUUUCUGGUGCGUUCGUGAUUCUUCUCCUCUCCCACUCAGGAUGACCGAAACACCUUUCAGGCCAAGAGAGAAGCUUCUUGAGAAGCAAAAGUUUUUCCAGAACAUCCAUAAGCAUACUUAUCUGAAAGGACCAAUGGACAAAGUAACCUCAGUGGCCAUUCCUUUGGCUUUGGCUGGUUCCUCUUUGUAUCUCAUUGGAAGAGGAAUCUAUAACAUGUCUCAUGGGAUCGGAAAGACUGAAUGA